AUGCUUUAUUCACUAUAUGGAUUUUGACAGAGUUCUUGCACUUGGAGAGUUCGAGUUGUUUUAAAUCUAAAAAAUAUCAGAUACAACUACGUCCCAAUCAACCUUUUAGAAGGAGUUCAAAAGCAAGAUGAUUAUAAAAAUCUCAAUAAUCUUGAACAAGUUCCAACACUUAUAGGGAAAACAUUUAGGCUAACACAAAGCAUGGCGAUCAUUCAAUACUUAGAAUCAGCUCAUCCUAUCCCUUCUCUAACUCCUACUGACUAUUUAUUAAAAGCAAAAAUGUUUGAAAUUUGUGAAAUUAUUCUCUUUAAUAUAAAAUUCAAUUUUUAUAAUACAAAAAUUUGCUUUAAUCUUUUUUUAAUAGUAUGAUAUCAAUUCAGGCAUUCAGCCAUUGCAGAAUCUCUCUAUGCUAAAAAAGAUCAAAGAGCUCGGAGGGAAUCCCAAGGAUUUCGCACAAGAAGUUAUUAGAAAAGGGUUUAUUUCAGUUGAAGACCUCGUAUCUCAACACCAUGGGAAAUAUUGUAUCGGAAAUGAGAUUACAAUUGCUGAUGCAUUUUUGAUUCCACAAAUAAAUAAUGCACUGAGAUAUGGAGUUGAUAUGAUUAGUUUUCCGCAGGUGAUGAGUGUAUUGGAAGAAUUAAAUAAAGUUCCUGAAAUUAUUAAGGCUUCUCCUGACAGCAAGACUGAUGCUAUUAAAUAA